GACUGCAUCAAGGCGUGGUGCAACCCACGCACUGCGUCGCCGUCAGUGCAUGAGGGCUGCUCCGUGCUUCUCGUGGGCGCAGAUGGCUCCUAUCGUAGCAUAGCGGGCACUGAGUAUUCGCUGGCACCUGGUUCGUCAGCGGAUGCGGCGGUUGUUGAGAUGGUUCGAGUGCUGCAAGCAGGAAGCAAAUCCUCCGCGUCUGUGUAUGCACGGGUUGGCGAUACGACCUCAAUGUGGCUGGUUUUUCUGAAGGUAGGUUCCACCUGGCAGUGUAUUUCUGCAGCUGCAGCUGCACCAGGUGCAAUGACGGAUGCGCAGGACUUUGCGGGCAUCAGUGACUGCGUUUGGCAAGGCUAUUGCAAGGCCAACCGUGCUUGUGAUGGCGAAGCAAUGGCAAAGUACUUCCAUGACACCUGCCGGCUCACCUUUGUCGAUGGGGAAGGCGCCAUAGUGAUCAUCGACAGCAAGUCCUUCUGCAAAAUGGUUCAGACUCGCUACACGACUGCGAUGCACAAGGAUUAUUCCCACCUGCAGCGCGACCCUCGCGUUGGAAGCCGCGACGCUCUUUUGGCCAUUGAUUUUGGAAGCCUUUCAGCCCCCGUUGCCAUGGUGGUACUCACCGUGGCGCACCCGCCAUGCCU